AUUUGUUGCUUCCCGGGCUGAGCCGCGGUGCCUGUUGGUUUGUGGAUCAGCAGGAUCUGGAUCAGCGGGAGAUCGGGCUGGGGCUGGGGCUCAGGCCGGUGUGUGGGGAUGUGUCUCGGGCGGAGUUGCUGAUCCCGGCUCCGGGGGUCGGUGUGGACCAUGGGGCCGCUGUACCUGCUGCUGAUCACCGCCGCCGCCGCCGCCGGCCCCGCGGUGGAAAGCCAGCUCCUGCCUGGGAACAACUUCACCAACGAGUGUAACAUUCCUGGGAACUUCAUCUGCAGCAACGGCAAGUGCAUUCCUGGCGCCUGGCAGUGUGACGGCCUGCCGGACUGCUUUGACAAGAGCGAUGAAAAGGAAUGUCCAAAAGUCAAAUCCAAGUGCGCACCAACCUUCUUCCCCUGUGCAAGUGGCGUCCAUUGUAUCAUUGGGCGUUUCCGUUGUAAUGGAUUUGAGGAUUGUCCAGAUGGUAGUGAUGAGGAGAACUGCACAGCAAAUCCCCUCCUCUGCUCGACAGCCCGCUUCCACUGUAAGAAUGGAAGGUGUAUCGACAAAAGCUUCCUGUGUGACGGAGUCAAUAACUGCCAGGACAAUAGCGAUGAGGACAACUGUGAGAUCUCUCCAGAAGACAGCCUGGAUGGUGACCGUGAAUAUGUCACGUCCGAUGUCCGCUUCCCAUACUACCCAAGCGUCAUCUUUGCCAUCAUAGGCAGCUCGGUGGUCUUCAUCCUCCUGGUGGCCCUGCUCGCCAUGAUGCUGCACCAUCACCGCAAGAGGAACAACCUGAUUGGUCACGUCACGCCACCCCUGCACCGCCUGCAGCACCCACUGCUCCUGUCGAGGCUGGUCAUUCUAGACCGCAGCCACCACUGCAAUGUCACAUACAGCACCAGCAAUGGCAUCCAGCUCACGCCCAGUUCCAUGUACCACCAGCCACUGGCAAUGGAGGAAGUACCACCCUCGUACUCUGAGGCCGUGCUGGAACACAGGCCCCCGUGGUUUGACCUCCCCCCUCCUCCAUACCUACCAGAUUCUGAGAUCCCCAGCCGCUUGGAGCUGCCCCCCUACCGGUCCAGAGCAGGGAGCACGCUGAGCUGUGGACAGCCAGCUACCCUCCAGGGGAGUGUGGAAAUGAGAGACUGCCUGCUCAACACCAGGUUAGAGGUGGGGCUCUGAGCAAAGCCACAGUGACCGCUUGGGACAGCAGUUGUGUGUUCUUGCACUACUUAUUAUUUAAAGAGAGUUUGGAUUGAAGGAUUUAACUUGAGAAGCAAAAAGAAUAACUCACACACUUUAACCAUGGGUUCGUCCCUUUGUUGUGAAGACACAACUAUGGCAUCCAGCUGUGUGACCUUGAGGAAUAAAAUCCAGUUUUUCCACUGAUGUUCGACCCAGGAAACUUGCCCUUUUUGCGGACGUCUCUGUGGGGCAGCCAGGAAACUGGACUCGAAAUCUAAACAGGAAAUACCCAGAGAUUUGGAGGGAUGAACAAUCUCGGAUAAGCUCCUGAUGUAAAUGCACUCUCCCACCGAUUAAAGAAACAUUGUGAAUCACUAAAGAGUUUCAAACAAAUGAUCUAGACAUAACAGAAAGGAGCAGAAUCUGCUGGUUUUUAUGAUUGCAUUGCUAAAUGUAAAUUCUACAUUUCAGAAUCUGAAAACACAGUAUAUUCUCACACUUCUGCUCUGGGUAUUCAAAGAGAGCAGAAUCACUGUUUAGCUUGUGAGGCAGCCAUCUGUUUCUGUUCCUCUUCUCUUUUUCCCCUUCCUCCAAGCUGACACCCAGCCUGCUGGCGUUUUCCCUUUAGCAGAACAUGUCCUGAAGUCACUUCACCAUUCACAGUCCUGGCCUCGUGUGGUGGGAUGGGUGGAGGAACUCACUUGCAUUGACAUUUCCAUGCCAUCUGUGCCAGGAAACAAACUCAAAAAGCCGCAGAUGUGCCUUUUCAACAGCACAUGUCCUGAGGAAUCUCAGGGCCACCUACCACCUUAACUGAAAGCAAGAAAGAGGUGAAAGAGCACGUGCCAGAGAUCUGCGCUGCUGCAUCUACUUCACCACUGUCUCCGGGUGUCAGAGCAGCAGUUGUUUCUAACGUUAGACAAGGGUGUAAGGCAAGUGGACGGAGCUGGGGAAAGUCCACUCCCAUCCCCUGCAGUGCUGGAGUUGGUUUUCCACUUACAGGUUAUUCACCACAAUCUUGACAAUAAUGAUAUAAGGCUUCAAGAUGCAUGUUUUCCAAUGAAAACUUACAAGUGGACAUCGGUAUCCUGUGCAACCACACUGAGUUAACCUUCAGAGCUCACAUAAACAACAUGCCCUGCAACAUCUCACUCUUUCAGAUUUCAAACCUCAUGUUGCUCCAUCAGGAAGGACUUAAUGACAAAAUUAAAACCAGCUGUUCCAAAGUGAAAAACAAAAAUUCACAUCUUCAUUUUCUUUCAUUUUGUAAACAGUGUCGGGAUUUACUCUGCAUUUCAAAUGACUUUUGUUUGUAUUCCAAGAUUCACUCCUCCGUCACAAAAAUGAUAGUAUUGUCCCAUUAUGUGGUUGUCACUUUUAUAAUUAUGUAAAUUCCCUCGAGACAAAGCAAUGUUGUUUGAUUUGAUUGUUUAUAUUCAUAUAGUGUUAAAGGUGGACGGUCUUUCACACAUGAACAGAACCAUAAACCCGUUUACCCAUAAUAGAGAUGUGCUCGUCAUUUCACAGGUACAUGUAUCAGAAGGGAUAUGGGCUAAGUGCUGGCAAAUGGGACUAGAUUUAUUUAAGAUAUCCAGUUGGCAUGGACAAUUUGGACCUAAUGGUCUGUUUCCGUGCUGUACAUUUCUAUGACUGCGUAACGGAAACCUGUCCGACACUGUCUUCAAUAUCAGCAAGUCAAAUAUUCGUGAUGUAGAUACACCAAGGUAAACAACACACAUUUAUCCAAGAAAUUACACUCCACCAAUGACCCUGCAAUUGCAUAGCAUUCCACUUACCCAGCUUCUGUCACAUGUCUGAAGAUUUACUGUACCCAAUAUUCCUUUCCAAUGUACAAUAAAAAAGUGUUAGCAUCAAAGAAAUUGUGCCCAAACUCUCUCCCCAUUUGAUAGAAUACCACUGUAAAAUAUAUCAAAUUCUUGUCAUAACAAGCUGUACCGAUUGACUACUUAUUGAAGAAUACCAGGACAACUGCAUUUCAAACAAUUCUACAGGAUUAAGCCUCCCGACUGAUGUAAAUUUACAUUGUCCCACUCCUAGAAUUCCAUUGUAUGACCUCCCAUCUGAUUAUACUUGACAACAAACCUCAUAUGUUCUGUUGAAUUCCAUUGUAAUAAACCUCUCUGGUGUUCAUUCCUUUUCUCUGGAAUUUCUCUGUAUAGCCACCUGAUAUUGGACAGAAUUCCUCUGCACACUCAUCUCCUAUUGUAUGGAAUUCACUUUAAACCUUCCUCCUUGUUAACGGACUGUGCUUUUAAAUCUAUUUGCCCUUGUAAAGAUCACACAUUACAAAGUCACAUGCCAACUGACAGUAACAGACCACCUCAUUCAGUACCAUUACAUUCAAAACUACUGUGAUGUUCAAACAGCUUCCAUUCCUAAACAUGCACGCUGAAUUGACAACAUCUUGAAUUUUAAACACUCCCACAGUUCUGAACCCUCUCCCAUUGUAAACAAUCCCACUGUACCAAACCCUUUCCCAUUGUAAACAAUCCCACUGUACCAAAUCCUUUCCCAUUAUAAACAAUCCCACUGUACCAAACCCUUUCCCAUUGUAAACAAUCCCACUGUGCCGAACCCUCUCCCAUUGUAAACAAUCCCACUGUACCAAAUCCUCUCCCAUUAUAAACAAUCCCACUGUACCAAACCCUUUCCCAUUGUAAACAAUCCCACUGUACCGAACCCUUUCCCAUUGUAAACAAUCCCACUGUACCGAACCCCCUCCCAUUGUAAGCAAUCCCACUGUACCGAACCCUCUCCCAUUGUAAGCAAUCCCACUGUACCGAACCCUCUCCCAUUGUAAACAAUCCCACUGUACCGAACCCUCUCCCAUUGUAAACGCUCCCACUGUACCGAACCCUCUCCCAUUGUAAACAAUCCCACUGUACCGAACCCCCUCCCAUUGUAAGCAAUCCCACUGUACCGAACCCUCUCCCAUUGUAAGCAAUCCCACUGUACCGAACCCUCUCCCAUUGUAAACAAUCCCACUGUACCAAAUCCUCUCCCAUUAUAAACAAUCCCACUGUACCAAACCCUUUCCCAUUGUAAACAAUCCCACUGUACCGAACCCCCUGCCAUUGUAAACAAUCCCACUGUACCAGACCCUCUCCCAUUGUAAGCAAUCCCACUGUACCAAACCCUCUCCCAUUGUAAACAAUCCCACUGUACCAAAUCCUCUCCCAUUAUAAACAAUCCCACUGUACCAAACCCUUUCCCAUUGUAAACAAUCCCACUGUACCGAACCCCCUGCCAUUGUAAACACUCCCACUGUACCAGACCCUCUCCCAUUGUAAGCAAUCCCACUGUACCGAACCCCCUCCCAUUGUAAACAAUCCCACUGUACCGAACCCCCUCCCAUUGUAAACAAUCCCACUGUACCGAACCCUCUCCCAUUGUAAACAAUCCCGCUGUACCAAACCCCUUCCCAUUGUAAACACUCCCACUGUACCGAACCCUCUCCCAUUGUAAACAAUCCCGCUGUACCAAACCCCUUCCCAUUGUAAACACUCCCACUGUACCGAACCCUCUCCCAUUAUAAACAAUCUCACUGUAUCAAAUCCCCUCCUGUGUAAAUAAUCUCACUGAACAAUUCUCUCUCACUAUUAACAUUCACCGUACCAAACCAUCUCUUACUCCCUCCCGUGCUGAUUUGGAUGGCCCUAGUCACAUUGAAUGCUAUCCUAAUUUGAAGCCUUAGCCUAACAUUAAGUUCCACUCGUUAACAUCGGUUUCACUCGGAGUCUCGCUCUCGCUCAUUCAUUACUGAGAUUGGUCAGCCUCCUCAUUAUCUGCAUCGCAUUCUGGAGACGAUCACUGAAUGGGUGGCAUAACUUGGUAAAACAUUUAAAUAGUCAGCGUUUAAAGCUCAAAUUCCCAACCCAUCAGAUGAAUGAUCUGCAUCUUAGCUGGAUUUGCAUUUGAAGAUUUAUGCCUUGGAAGACGAAUCACUUGUUGGUAUCAGAUGCUUCUAGCAGCAGUUAUUCAGCCCAUUAAUAUCCCAAGCCAAGGCAGCUGGACUGAAUUAUUUCUUGCUGUUUAUGUUUCAGCUCCAUGUUUUAUGCCUCGUAAAACCGUGUAGCAUCCACUUGCAUGAAUAAUUGAAUUUUGGAAAUAGCUAGCCUUGUACCUCAGGAACCAAGUAGCAAACUGAAUCUAAAUCAGAAUUUCAGUCGAGCAGUAGCUGUGUCCCUGUUCCUCAUUGAAUCUUCUGAUUCUACAUCUUAGCUGAGGAGUAUUGCUUGUCAUAUUUCAGAGGGAAUCACGCUAUUUAAUGUUUUGAAUCAGAUUUUGAUAGUAAAUCGGGGUCUCUGUUGGACAGUGUAUCUACUGGGUAUGCAAAGAGUAAAGUCCUUUUGUUAUAUUGCUUUCGCAGUAAUAUUUAUGUGUUCUGAAAGAGAGAUAUUUCAUCUUUGCAGCACUGUUGUGUAUUUGUGCCAACAUUUAUGUCCUAGCCCUGCUACAGUAUUCCAGCAAAUCCCAGUGGAAGCUGGAGGAAUGGCUCCACAAUUUCAGAACUAUGAACUCUGAUGCCUGUUCUGAUUCCCACCCCAGUGUUUGUUUGCAUGAACUUGCUAUCAGGAGAACUGGCCUAUUUUCCACUGUUAGCAUCCACCUUCUCUUCACCAGUAUCUCUCCUCUGCUGUGAUGACCACUUCCUUUGCCUGGUGAUCUGCAGCACCUUUCCCGUCUGUUCCACUCUACUUCUCUCUGCUUCUUCUACACCGUCACUUUCCCAGCCCCCGUUUUAGCCUUAACCAAGAGUCACCGAGAACUCAAAAUGUUUGUGCCUUCACAGAUGCCCCUGUCAGGCCUGCUCAGAUCCUGCAGCACUCUCUGUUUUCGUUCCAUUAUGAUCUGCUGCAGUCUGUAAAUUCUUCUGAAAAUUAGUGUUGGAAAGGAAAAGUGGGCGAUAGAAGAUGGUUGAUUUGUCAGACCUUCCCUUCCCGGCUUAUACUCCAUUCUUGAAGAAAGAUGGUCAUCAAAAACUAUUUGCUUAUCCUGAGAGACCUGGAUCUGAAUCCAGAGUAAGGUGGAGUUCCCCUGUUGUAUAUAGAUAUACAAUCUCUGGGUGCAACUGAGGAAGAGGUGGAACACUCAGCCCCUUUGAGCUUACUGCCUCACUCAGUUGAGUUACACUGACCUGUACCUCACAUCAUUUAGCUCCCCAUCCUCAAAGACUCCAAAGUAACAUCUCAGUCUUCAAAUUUCCAUUUGUCCCAUCACCAUCAUUCCUCUCAGGUAAGGAUUUCUAAAUUUCCACUGCCCUUUGAGUGAUUUCUGUUCUGAAUGUUGCCCUGAUUUUUAAGAUUAAAUGCCAUUGUUCUUUAUUUCCUGUAUCCACUCUGUCAAACACUUAUAGCAUUUUAAACGCAUCAGUUUCAUCCCCCUUCAAUCUUCAUUCCUCAAGGGAAUACAGGCUGUGCUAAUGCAACCUUCAUGAGGAUGUCCUCACCCUAUAAGCCCCGUUAUUGUUCAGCUCCUAAAGGACACAGGACCAUGGCUUAAGACUUCACACAGAAUUGAAGAAUGGGCGACAGCAGAGGAGGGGACCAUUCAGCCCAUUGUGACUAUGCUAGCUUGGGCUUGUGCCCGAAACGUCGAAUUUCCUGUUCCUUGGAUGCUGCCUGACCUGCUGCGCUUUAACCAGCAACACAUUUUCAGCAAAAACAAAUGUGCCUGUUCCACAUAGCCCUGGCCAUUCUUUCCCGUAGCCCAGCAAAUUGUUCGUUGUUCCUAUUCCCCAUUCAAAAGUCACAAUUGAAAGUGCCUCCACCCAACUCUUGGGCAGUGCAUUUUGGAUCUCUGUCACAGGUUAGUAAUUGUACUUCAAAAGACCAAAGGCUGUAACAAAUGUAAAUAGUGGUAAAUCAGUUGAUUUUAUUUUAGAUUCUUAAAAUCCCCAGAGUGUGGAAGCAGGCCAAUUUGGCCCAUCAAGUCUCCAAAGAGCAGCCCACCCAGAGUCAACCUCCUACCCUCUAACUGCCAUGGCUAAUCCAUCCAGCCUGCACAGUCUGGGUGAAUUUAGCAUGGCCAAUCCAUCUAACCUGCUCACCUUUCGACUGUGCGAGUAAACCGGGAGGAAACCCACGCAAACACAGGGACAAUGUGCAAAUUCCACACAGACAAUUGCCCAAGUCUGGAAUCGAACUCAGGUCCUUGGCUCUGUGAGGUAGCAGUGCUAACCACCAUGCCACCGUUCCACUUCAUCUCACAACAUGACACUUUGGUGUGAAAUUAACAGCCUUAAACUACCAGUUCACACUAAGGAUUCUAUACCAUUGAAAUAAUUACAAAACCUUGCAAUCAACAAGUCAGUCUCCUACAAACGUGUAAUAAGCACAGCAUCGUUAUUAAGGGUGGCAUACAUUUAAACCAGGAAUUCUACAGGUUCAGACUAUGUACUGGGAAUGGUAAAACUGCUGUUGAAACUAUCUUCUACACAGUUCAAUUGGAGAAAUCAACAUGAAAAGCCAUAACCACAUAAUCAAAAGCUUUCAUUCCCAGGAAUAUUUGUGUACAUCUGUUCUGUUCCUCUGUAAAGAAUUCACUUUCUUCCUAAAUUGUUAUGUCCAGAA